UGAAGUCUAACUGUAGAGGGCGGGGCAGUGACGUUCAGAGGCUCUCCAAGCAAAGGUUUUGUUUAUCUCGUGCAGCGGGUGUGGUAGGCUACAGUUCAAAACAAGUCAAAAGUUUCUGAACAGCAGUUUUCUAUCUAUGUCGUGCAACAAUUGAAAGCAAAAGUCACCUACUCACUGAAUCACCAUGGAGAUCGCCAAAAACUUGUGUGAUAAGCUGUACUCUCUCAUCGAGAAUCAAAAGCGAUGUGCUCCUCAACUAGUGAACCUGGCCAAAGAGUUGGAGUCCCAGAGAAAAGCCUACACUGUGGCUAAGUAUGCUGGGAACACCGCCUCUGUGCUGGGCUCCGUGGCGGUAGUAGGGGCGGGCUUGGUCACCUUCUUUAGCGGGGGUGUGGCUGCUCCCCUCCUGGUCGCUUCGAUGGCUGCAGCCGGGGCCACGGUGGGAGGGGCCGGGGUCGUCCUUAACCUGGGGGCCCAGUUAUUUGAGUGGCUGCAGUCCAGCAGUACCUUGAAAGAUGCGGAGAAGAUCAUAGAGAAGAUUAGGAAGCUUAGAGAGAAGAUCGAGAGACUUCAGAAAGAGCUGAAAGAAGAGUGUGAGAAGUUCCCCAAGUUAGAGUCCUCGGGGCCCCUUGGAGGGACGGAGUUUGUUCUGUCAGAGUCCCCAGGGGGCCUUGACCCGAUGGAGUACUUUCUGAGAGCCAUAGCCGUGCGGAGCGGUGUGAAGUGGCACACUCAUGAGCCGUUGCUCCGGGUGGUGUCGAAUUGGCCCAAUCAUAGGUUCACGGUAAACAAUAUCCAUCAUGGCCACGGUGAUUCUUUUCAUUUGAUGGUGGCGUUUCCAGUUUUGGGUGCUGCCUGCCUGGCUUUGGUUCCAAAAGAGGUUGGAAAAGCAGUCUUAAAGACAACUCUUGCUGGAACUUUAAAGGGUGCAGCGCAAAUCGGUGGAGGAGUUCUUGGUGUGGCACUGUCUCUUCCAGGAAUGAUUUCCAAUAUACAAGAAUUAGUCAAAGGCGAUCAUGUGACAGAAGCCAGCCAAUCUUUGAGAGAUACAGCCAAGGAAAUGAAGACUGUUACGGAGGACUUGGAGAAAGAGCUUGACUCGAUCCAGGAGAUCAUCAAGGAGAUUAGUGAGGUGAAGCGCUGCAUUGACAGCCUUGAAUACUCUGAUCCUGCCACUAAGAAGAGUGAAAGUCAAAUUCAAAGGGAAAGAAUAAUCCUGGACUUUCUGAGGAAGACAUCUCAAAAUCAAUAUCUGCUGCAGUGGAUAGAGAGCAUGGCCAGUAUUGCACUGUUUCUCAACCUUGUGCUUUAUUUAAACAUGCUGCUACAGGAAAACAAGAAGAAGAAGAAGAAGAAACAAACAGAUGAAGUUGACAUCAUCAUCGUGGCACAUGGAGAGAUCACAAAACACCUCCUGCCAGCCUGUCUCCUUGUGCCCAGCCCUGCCAUCAAAGACACCAUUCUCUACUCUCCCUGGAACUGUGCCAUUGACAGUAAAGUGGCCUAUGGCAUCGCAAAAGGCUGCAUCGAACCUAACCACCGAGACUUUUUCUGCUCCUGGUGUAAAGCACCUGAAUCCGAUCACAAGCCGUCUGACCUUCCUGGCAGAUGGAAUCACAUGAAAGAUGCCAGUCUCAUCCCGGAGAUCAUUCUCCGUCCUGUGAAACCAGAUGAAGAUGCGUGGGAGAGGCUUGGAUCUUUGGACACGGAACUUUCAGAGAGCCGCUUCCUUUUCCCGUACCUCUUACCAAAGGGUGUGAACCCAGAGCUCUUCCCAGGGGUUUCAUUCCAUGUCUUCAUCUCAGCCUUGAACCUGGUCCUUACGCUCUGUGGAGUCAAAGCCACUGUCCAUCUGGCAGCGUUCCUGUGCCAGUACAGCCGAAGAGAUGAGAGUGUGUUCCUUGAGUACUCCUACGCUGACGACUACACUAUAAUGACCACGAAAGGUGACAUGAAGGUAGAUCGUCAGUCAGACCUGUACAAAGCGUUCAAACCUAUGUUCGGGGAGUCACCGUCCUGUCGCAGCAGAAGUUACCAUCCCUAAACAGAUCACCAAGCUGCGUAUCACCAAGCUUCGUAUCACCAAGCUGCAUAUCACCCAGCUGCGUAUCACCAAGCUGCAUAUCACCCAGCUGUGUAUAACCUUGCUGCGCAUCACCCAGCUGUGUAUAACCUAGCUGCGUAUAACUCAGCUGCGUAUCACCAAGAUGCAUAUCACCAAGCUACAUAUCACCUAGCUGCAUAUCACCAAGCUGCGUAUCACCAACCUGCAUAUCACCAAGCUGGUAUCACCAAGCUGCGGCCUCCGUCGCUGGUGAAUUAGCUGUUGUGGAUUUUAAUAGAAGUCGUUGUAAUGAAUGAAUUAAAUCCAUGCAAGUGGGAAUAACAUGUGAGCUUGUUAUUAAGAAAAUAGGGUUAGCUUCUGUAGUGAUGUUUCUCAUGUUAAUUAAGUUCAUAAUUUUCAAGCCUAAAUCUAUCCUGUCCUUAUUUCAAUAUGAUUUUCAAGUAUUACUCAAUGCAUAUUCUACCACAUGAAUUAGACAGUUAUAUGUUUGUUUUUCAUUACUGAUGUGUUAUUGCCAUAUUAUUGGUUGAUUUUAUUCUACUCAAUAAAGACUUAAUGGAAA